AAAACUAUAGUUUUUAGUGUUUAGGCUGUAAUCAUAUUCGGAGCCCUCGAAAAUGCUUUAAGAUUCCAAAACCGACAGACGGGGCACGUCUUAGAGGACUCGCCCAAAUUGCACCUCGCAAACCGAGAGGGUUUUGCUUGUAGUUCUGUUACUUCCGUGAUCUGAUUCAAGUUCUGGGCCGAUGUCUACGGAAGCGAAGACGAAAGUGGUGCCGAGAGUGGUGAAGCUAAACAAGGCGUUGAAAUUAGCUGAAGCUUGGGUAAAUAAUAUGAGUGCAUCGGCAACAGGUGAACCUAAUGGACGGGAAUUUGAAGGUCGACCUUCAAGGCUGGGUCUGGGAGCCAGGGUCACACCACAUGCAACAGUAGUGGCUUCAACUGAUCCUGUAGAAAGAAAAUUGCUUGGAAAGUUAAAUGCUAAAAAGAGACAAGCUUCCAAAAAUCUAGAAAAGACAAACCCUGUUGAGGAAAGUGGACCUAGUGAAGAGGACACUGAUGAGCCUGAAAGCAGAACAAAUGCUUUUGCCAAGAAGAGGGCAAUGCCUCCAACCUUGUCUUUACAGUCAACAAAGAAGAGUAAAUGAAAUGUUGAUUUGUUCAGGUCUAGAUAUUUGAGGUGCGUCUAAACUGUAUAUUAUCACUAGAUGUUAAAUCAUAUAAGGCUAUCUUUUGGAAGCUGGUUCCUAUUACUCUCUGCUGAUGAGGUGAGUUCUACCUUCUAGCAUGACAUCGUUUAUCAUUUAUGAACCUCGAGUUAUACUCGACUGUCCAUACUGCCGUUGAUAACUUGCUAUAUUGAAUUCUUUGAUCCGAGAUGUUCUGUAGCUGCUUAGAUGAACUUUAUCUGCAUAUAUGGAGUGUCAUUUACUAAAGACAUUACUAUAUUCAAGCUUGCAAAAAACUCUGGUUGUACCACUGUGGAACAGUUAAUAGCUGGGUUACAAUUUUCAUGUUUGAUGGUUUGGCUGAAGCGCCCUAGCUUGUUGACUGCAUUGUUGAUAUGCAUAAGAUAUCUUUUAUGUUUUAAUCUCUACAAUCUUAUUGUAAGCUCAUUUGGGAAAUGCCUUUGUCAACUGUUGUCAAUACUUUUCCAUUUUACUCAAUCAUAAAAUUUUGUAAUUUAUUAUAAAUUCGUACUUCAUCUCCUUAAUUUGUGAUCUCAUUUGUUUCUGAUGUCCAAUGUUUUCAAUGGACAGAUUUCAUUCGUUUCAUCUGAGGUCAACGGCAUUCUAGAGGCAUAUAUCUUCAACAGCAGCAAUUUUCAUAGAAAUAUUAUUGAAAAACAUCAACAUGACUGAAGAAGAGGCCACCAAGAUUCUGAUGUGCAGAAGAAUCUUUAAGUGUUUUCAAUGAUGCCAAACUCGGCGUGCAGAAUGAGGGCUGCAAGCUUUUAAGACUGAGGAUCAUGUACAUACUAUUUUAUUUGUAGUGUGUAUUGCAAAGGUGUAGGACUUUGGCUGAUUGGUCAAAGUAGAUCCAGCCUGUAAAUUUAAAAAAAGUGUCAGGAAGGAAUGCUGUGUUCUUAAUUUUAAAUCUUUGAUUCCAUGAAG